AUGACUCAAAUAGUUGUUUUAGGGGCCGGAGUGAUUGGUCUUACAACGGCCAUUGAGUUGAAAAAAUCCAACCCUGGUUUCCAAAUCACAAUUGUGGGACACCACUUGCCUGGAGACAUUGAUCAAUCUUAUACCUCCCCCUACGCCGGCGCCAAUUGGGCCUCGUUUGCAACUCUGGAAGAUAGGAGACUACAAGAAUUUGACAAGCCGGCUUAUAAGAAAUUCAUACAGCUAGCCGAGACGGAUCCAAGAGCAGGCGUGUGGAAGGUCAACACUGUCUCAUACUACACCAACUAUGCCGUGGCUAAAGCCAAGGGCAAGAUGCUGGAGUUUUUGCCAUGGUACAGAAACUUUGUUGACGAUUUCAAAGUAGUCGAGCCGAGCAAACCCGAUAUUGCAUUUGCCAACUCCUACACAGGGGUAGUGAUUUCCGUGCCCACCUACUUGAAAUUCUUGGUGCAGCAGAACAAGGAAUUGGGCAAUGUGAUUGCUAGGAUCCCGUUGAUUGCCGAUAUUGGCGAGGCUAGAAACCUCACUGCCGUGGGGAAAAAAGCCGACUACGUGAUCAACGCCGGUGGAUUGCGUGCUUCGUCGUUGAAAGGAGUUGAAGAUAAAAAAUUCAAUUUCCCCGUGAAGGGGCAGACUCUACUUGUCAAGAACAACAUCAAGGACAUGAUUCUGGUGUCGGGGUUCCCCGGCUUGGACGACGAGAUCUUGUACAUGAUGCCUCGCGUUGAAGGGGGCACGAUUAUUGGCGGGUGUUUUCGCGCUGGCGACAAGGACCCCAAAGAAGAUAAGGACUUGACUGCAAGACUCAUCAGGCGGGCAAUGAAGUAUGCCCCUGAAAUUGUCGAUCCAAGAUACAAGAAGAACCCGAAACAAGUGGAGGUUGUCAGGGUCAAUGUUGGAUUUAGACCGUUUAGAGAAGACGGGUUCCGCGUUGAAGUGGACAAGAAGAAGAAAUGGUUGGUGCAUGCAUAUGGGGCUGGAGGCGGAGGGUAUCAAGGAAGCUAUGGCGUUGCUCGGGAAUUGGUCAAGAUCAUCGACUCUGAAGUAACGAGCCGUCCGAAAUUCUGA